AUGAUGUGGAGUGGUUUUCUCAGUCGAGGAAGUUCUGGCGGCGCAGUGGGUGGGACGUUGCCCGGCCUCAUAGGCGCAAGCGGUCCCUCUGUGAUGAUGAAACAGUUCCUGCCAUUUCCAGUUGAGACAGCAUCACCAGUUGGACUUUUUCCGAACUUCAACACGAUGGACCCAGUUCAGAAGGCUGUCAUCAACCACACCUUUGGUGUUACCAUGGCACCCAAAAAAAAACAAGUCAUCUCCUGUAAUGUUUGCCAGCUGAGGUUCAACUCUGAUUCUCAGGCCGAAGCGCAUUACAGAGGCAGUCGCCACGCGAAGAAGCUCAAGUCUCAGGAGAAUAAGGCCAAGGCCAAGUUGUCCGUCACUUCGGAGACCGAUGGGAGCAGCAGCGGACUUGCUCCUGUGCCAGCGAACAGCAGCACCAGCCAACACACAGAAUCAUUAACCAGCUCCACCGACUCCUCGUCUCCCCUCAAACCCAUCCUCCUCCUCUCAACCUCUCCUCGCUCCUCUUCCUCCCCUUCCUCCAGCAGAGCAGGCAGUGAGCCUCCUCCAUCUAGCCCCCCCUCUGCUCCUCCAGCUCCAGGCCUCUCUUCCUCCUCCUCUUCCUCCUCCUCCAAGUCUUCCGUGCCCGCUCCUGUCACAGCCUCCUCUUCGUCUGGACCUCCUUCUACUCAAACCUCCUCCCCGCAAGAUGCCGCCCUCUCGGUGGAGUCAGAAGAAGAGAAGGCCAAAAAGCUGCUGUACUGCUCUCUUUGUAAAGUCGCUGUCAACUCUCUGUCUCAGUUGGAGGCUCAUAAUGCAGGUUCAAAACACAAAACUAUGCUGGAGGCUCGAAGUGGCGCCGGGCCCAUCAAAGCUUACCCUCGACCUGGAGCCAAGCUGAAAAAUGGCACCAGCGUAGGACUGAAGGGCUCUGGCUUGCAAAAUAAAACCUUUCAUUGCCAGAUCUGUGAUGUGCAUGUCAACUCUGAGAUCCAACUCAAACAGCACAUCUCCAGCAGGCGGCACAAGGACAGAGUAGCAGGAAAACCCAGCAAACCCAAAUACAGCCCCUAUAACAAACAGCAGCGGAACUCCGUCAGUAAGGAGCUGGCAAAGCCUUCCCUCUCUCCCUCCUUCCUCCCCUCUCCUUUUGCUCCUCCUUCCUCUCCCCUCCCUCCCUCCAUCUCUCUACCUCCUUCUUCCCUUUCCUCCUCGCCUCUGCUCUCACCCACCUCCACAGCCCUCACCCCCACUAUCUCUCUGCAUCCUCGCCCUCCUGCGUCCUCAUCCCUCUUUACUGCCUCCUUCCUACGGCCAGCUCCUGGACCAAUCAGAGCCAGCCAGGGGUCAAUUCUCUUCACCCCCUACUGAUGAUAGUGAGAAGAGCGGGAAGUUCAAACAGCAACUUUUUAUUUCUGACGCACUGUUGUUUGGAGCUUCAACGGAGACGAAUGGGUGCACCCUCCUCAACUGGCUAAAGCCGAAAACAGACAAAGAAGACAAAACCUCCUUCCCUUUCUGUCUGCAUCAGACUUUCUUUGAUUUACAGCCGACAAGCCGGCUCAAAACUAAGAGUGGAAGUGGAAGUGUUUCUUUACAUAAACCACAUCAUUUGUCCCAUCUUAAGAUCUCCACACUCUGGAAAAACAAGAAAUUAUUUCUUAGAGACAUGGAAUAAUCCUGGAAACAUUACAGAAUUAUCCACAAUUGUCAAGGAAGCAACAAGUGGUCCUGAAAACUUCUUUAUGCCUGGAAAUGAAGACUGCACUCGUUUGUUGUCUUAAGUCAUUUGUGAUGCUCCAGAAUCAACAUAUGCAAGUGGUCCAACUUAAGGAAUGUUUGAUGAAAAAGAAAAUGCAAUUAAUGGACGUAAUUAUUGAUUUUUGUGAGAUGCGUCAUGAAUCAGCAAAAAAACACACAAAAAAAACAUUGAAAACCAGCACAAAAAAAGAUGUCAGACCCGUUUCCCUUACAUAAUUCAUCCUGAAAUUGAGAAAGAGAUAUACAGGAUAAAGCAUACGGCAAAUUAUUCUCAGAUUUCAGAAUUUUUGAAUUUUCCUUUUUAUUAUUUGAUCAUGAAAAAUGUUUGGCCAAACUGAAUAAGGUGAUUUUGCGCAUUAGAAAACAACAAAUUUGAUAUAUGAAUAUUUAAAUUUGAAACAUGAAUAACAGCGUUUAAAUGGUUAAAAUAGGUAACUUUAUGUGUUUUUUUACAUUUUAGACAGCAUCCAAACUUGUUGGGAAUUGGUUAAUCUAGGCUAAUAUAAACCUCAUGUUUGGUCUACACAGCCUUUGUUUCAAUUCACAUGACUCAGUAGUACUUGUUCUAAAAAAUCUCCAACAUUAUUCAUUUGAUUAAAAUUUGUUGUAAAACUGUGAACAUCAGUAGGAGGACUAUGGCCACAUCAUAAGAUAAGGCACAACACUAUGUUUUUUUUCAAUUUAAAAAAUAGAUAAGGAAGCUGAAUCCAUUCAUUGUCUACGUUUUUCGGGUGUUGAAUAUUUGUCUAAAAAUGCCUCUCAUCUCAAAACAUUUAAAAACACACAGGUUGAAAACAUAUGGUGCAUUUAAUCUCAUAUGACUUUUUGGUUUAAUAACAAAUCUCCUCCGUGGCAGCUACAGCCUCACAAACUCGGAAUGAAAAGUAAGACUAAUCCAGGACCUGUAGCUGUUGUUUCCCUGUCUGCUGAUGUAGUCUGGUGUAUGUCAAAAGCUGAUGAAAACCUCCCCUAAAUCCCCUUUUCUGACAUCUGCAUCACGUGUUCUGCAUUUCCACACUAGUGACUCACUUUGGAUUUGGGCUUCCGCCUUGUUUUGCAGUGAAAAAUCAUUAACUGAGUCUUUUUUUGCUGAUUUUUCAAGUACCUGAAGUCAGUUGAUUUGAAAAUAUCUGAGCUAAACUUUGACUAAAAAAGGAGAAAAAAAAAUUGUUUCCUACAGAUGUACGCCAUUUUCCAUAAAUACGCAGAAUAACUUUCUGUGAUUGAUCAUAGUUAUCGCUUUCUAACUUUUUUUGUUAGAAUGUUUUGUUUCACUUUAUAUGUUGUGCAUAUGUACCCAAAGUCGCCUCUCAACUUUCAAAUUUUGGCCUAAAUCUGUGCUAAUGCCUCAGCAACAUUGUGCUACAGUUUGACCUUUAGAAUAAAAAAAAUCCAGAGAUUUUUUUUUCUUAAUACAGCCAAGUCGACAUAUGUGAUGAAACCGUCCAGCUCAAACAUCUACUUCCUACUCUAAUUCUAAACAGUUUCUUGGGAGAUUUCUUGGUAAAUACUGGCUAUGCAUGUUUUUUUCCAUUUUCCUCACAUUUUCCUUGUUACUCUUCACCUACAAAUUUUAAACGAAGGGUUGCAUGCUAAAUAGAAUAAGCCAAGUUCUAUUUUUCACUGUAAGACACCAAUGUACAAAACGUCCAAGCUUAUUUUUGAAGAUUCUCCAUCAUCCAGGUCAUUGUCAAGCUUGGAACGUUAAGUUAGGCAGCUGGACGUGUCCAGUACUUCACGUCCAGUUGCUUAAAUGAACUUUCCAAGAGUGUCCAAGCUGUUUUUUUUAUUUUUAGAAGUGAAUGUUUAAUUUUUUUACUAUAUAAAACAUGAUAUGGCUGCUGUCAAAAAGAAAGAAGGAUGGGGAAUUUUCCAUGUGAGGCAUUUGGUUUUUUUUCUAAAUUGACCGGUGGGAUCGGAACAAAGGAUGCAAGUUCACACACAGUUUUAAGCAACAACUGAAUGGAAUAGAAGCAGUAGAUAAUCAUUGUUGGGAUUUCUAGGGAUUUUCUCAGUUCUUUAAUUGAAAUGCGAGACCCUGCUACUUGCUCAUUGAAGUAGAAGGCCUUACGAUGACAACUAAAAAAUAUGGAAUAUAUAGUGAGAGUGUGAGUACCUGCAUGGGAUUUUCAAAGAUCAAGUCCAUUAAGAAGAUUUUGUACAGCACAACAAAUGUAUUUGGUUUCAGUAAUGUAUGCCCAAUGCUAAUAUUUUAUGACCAAAUACUUUUACUGCUGAAAAUCAUUAAGCAGGUUUCUCCUUUAAAUCCGGUCGAGCUGCCAGUGGUUGUUCGUAUCCUCAGGGCUUUGUUUCAGUGGGGGAUUUGCAGCAUGUACGAAGCCGAAUGCAGUCUCACAACAAGAUGAGAAAUGAGAAAUGAUAGAGUUACAAGAAAAUCUGUUUGUACUUUACUGUCAGAUUACUGGACUACAAAACAGUAUAGAGGCAGUAUAGAACCAUCUCACAAUAUUCUGCCUUGAUUAAUCAAAAAAAGCCUGGGAAAAUUUGUUUUUUUGUUUUUAGAAAUAAAAAAACUGAAAGAUCCCACUUCUAUUCCUAUUGAACAAUUUGGCAUUAUAGCUCUAUUGAACACAAAAGUCUGAGAUGGGGGGUAAAUGCUCUCAUAACACUUGUAUUCUUCAGGUGGUUGUUUGAUACUAAAACCGUAAAUGUAAAAAGAUUUGCAUGUAAAAACCUUUAAAGAACAAUUACAAAACAUGAAAACCAGGGUAAAAGUGACGUGCAACAAAAGUUUCCUUGGACAAAAAGUUUGAAUGUGGGUCGGCUGCCUGCUCUGAUACUAAUGAUACAGUGAGGAAUCAAAGGAGAGCUAAUUAAAAUAUGCGUGGGGGGAAUGACAAAAGCCAAGCCUGCAACUGAUCAGAGUGGAACUAGGGUUAAAUCUCAUUGGCUGCUGAGUUAUUUAUAGCCAGUAUGGAGAUUAUUAAGUGUGAGAUAAAAAUGAUAAAAUGGAAUAAUUGUUCUGGACAAAUGCUAACGUCCUGAUAUUUUUUAGCAGUGAUGUCGUUGUUAGUACAACAAGUUUUAAAAGGAAAAUUAAGCUUUCCUGAAAAUGUCUCCUAUUGAUUAAAUGCCAACUUUUUGUGGAUACAUUUGGUAGCGUGCAGAUUCAACACUGGAUCAUAUACAAUAAGAAUGUGAACUGAAGUCUCUGGUGAGCCUCUCAGAGGGAUGAUGUCAGCAUCUGUAAUGCGUUUGUUUCCGUGCACUUGUAGUUCUCUGUAGUUUUCCCUGGUCACUGCUGUGUUUUCCUGUAUUCCUGCCUCCUCCUGAGUAACUUGAAGCAUCUCAGUCUUCCAGUGUUGAGCAAAUACGUUUCAUGAUAUAUCGUGUGUGUAUCUAUGCACUAUUAGGCUGGCACAUCUCACCAACGUGUUACAUAGAGAAACAUGUCAAAAUGUGUAUUCUGAGGCCCUUUCUAUUUGUGGAAUUUGCAGUUCUAAGAUGUUAAAAGAUGUUGUUCCUCUGCCUGAUGAUGUCAUUUCGAUGCAAUAAUGUACAGAUCAGCUGCUGCUUUUAUAUUCUGUCAGGUUCCUCAUCAGCAAUCCGGAGGCCUAACGGAUCAAUACAGUUGCAACACUGGCGUAAAAUGAACAGAGAUGCACCGUUUAGACUGAGAUUGUGCGUUUCGGUGUGUGUGAUUGUGUCUGUAGAAUGAAUGCCAACAAUCAUAUUGCUUCCUAAGUAACUCAAGCGCCGUGCAAAUGUGGAAACAAUGCAAAUGUUUAAAGGCGCGAGCUGUUCAGCCACACUACUCGCGCACUAUGGACCCGGAAGUAAGAUUAUAUUUUAAAACAUUUGACCGGAUUGUAAAACACAGAGUUCAAACACUAUAGUAUUUUUACGUGGACAGUUAUUGUUAUGAACAUGCAAACGCGUUCAGGUUAAAUCAAUACCAUGAUUGAAUUCCGAUGAUCUCUGUAACACUUCUCAAGAGUUUUAACUUGAAUGGGAAAGUUUCUUUUUGGUUUUUAUUUAACUUUUCAUCAAAAGUGUCGAGCUGAAUGAGAAAAAUAGUCUUCUUGAAAGAUAUUUUUUGUAUAUUUCAGUUCUAAACCUUGUUUCCUUAAAUGUGUUAAGAUGACUUCCUGCUAUAGAUCCUCCUCCUUCCUCUUUAUGUACAGUAUUUAUUUAGCUCUUUUUUUUAUGAGGACAAUGUUUAUUAUGAAAUGAAGAUAUACAUAUGCAAUCUUGUCAGGUUGAGAUGUAAUGUAACAUUUCACUUGCC